AUGUCUGAUACUACAGCCUCCUAUUUCUGCCAUGAUUCACAACAAAAGAACGAGAUUGUUCCGCCAGAGAGGUCUACAACAGUGAAAACAAAUGAUAAUUUAAAAAUACAUGAUCUGUCAAUCACAGAAGAUGACCAGGAGAGUAGUAGUAGUAGUAGUAGUAUCAAUCACAUCGUCAGUCCUAUUACGACUACUGCAUUCAUAAAGGGUCGUUGUACUACUCAAUCAUUUUCGAGUACAACUGCCUUGAUCUCACCUCAUGUGCUACUACCCAGUUUCGAUGUCCAUACCCUUUACAAAUUAAAAACGACACGUUCAUCCAAAAAAUUAGAUGAUUUUUUUGGUGAAUAUGCACCACAUGAUAUUUGUAUUAAAGAGAUUCAAAAGGAAGGAUUAAAGGCCAUCUUACAGUCAAAGACACCAUUAUGUUACUUUUUAUAUCAUUUACUACAAGAAUAUUGUAGUGAAAAUCUUUUUUUCUUUAUCGAAUUAGAACAAUAUGAAUCAUUCACGUAUACAUCUACGAGUCAGCAAAUGACAUCAGCACAACAUAUCUUUAAUACUUAUUUAACUAAAAACAGUUAUUUCGAAGUUAAUUUAGAUGAAAAAGAUCGUAGAAAGAUAAUUCAGGCGUUAGGUGAAAAGGAUGUAAAAAACUGUUUUGAUUCUGCAAAGAGGGCAGUGUAUUCACUUUUAGAAUCCAGUUAUAUGCAAUUUCAAAAUACAGACAUAUUUCAAGAAAUGAUUCAAAACUGUGGUAUGUGUGUGUGUGUAUGUAUUUAA